CUCUGGUGUACGUUCGGUGUCAUCAUAUUUGGAGCUGUAGCGGUUAUUUCAUGUUGGAUAAAAAGAUGCAGGAUACAACGAAUAAACAUCAUCAAUCAUCUACUCAGUCCCGACGACAACAAACUCACUCAGUGGUGGGACGACGCUCAUCGUCCUCGGAAAGAUUGCACCAAAAGCAGCAGCAGCAGCAAGCUCAUCAACAUCGGUCACAACCCUCGACGCCAACGGCCACGAACGGCAACGUUAUUCCGACUUCGGUUGGGUCCAUCGAAACCGGAACUUGCCUUCCGGUCCUGUUGGGCACCGGCAGCCAUCCUUACAUUGUCCAACCAUUUGCCGCCGAACAUCACAUAGCAGCCCCACAGAUUCCUACUGCGGCUAAUCAUCCGUUCGUGGCAGCACUUCCGCCACUGCCCCCAGGAAAAUCACCCCGGGAGGCCUUUUUCCCCCUGAUCGGAAGUGGAACCAAUCCACCAGUCACCGGUGGAGGAAGAGGUCACAUUCCCACGACCGGAAUUGGCGUAGGUUCCACGGGUGCCGGCCAACCGCCGCCGGUCUCCUUUUCGCUCUACAAGACAAUCAAUACCGUUAUCAAGAGUAGCCGGAAAAUAAUCGUUCGCGUUUGUGAAGUGACCAAUGUGAAAACUAAACUUAAAAUGUUCAAUCUAUACUCGACGAUGAAUAAGCGCAAUGGCGCCGAAGAGAAGGAGGCCCGGGUUAUGGAGACGACCGGACAUGACCGGUUCUGCCAGGAGCGUCCCUCAAGGUCCAGUUACCGGCGGAAGAAAAAGAAAAUGCGCCGGGCCCAGUCGGCGGCCGAGUUUAACGAGCCUAGGACGGAAGUGACCGUUUCGGCGGCCAGCAAACGGAUGUUGUUCAGAGGCCGUUCGGUGAGUUCGGACCACGACAACAACUCCGAAUCGGAACACUCGGAACGUUCCCCGUUGGUCAGCGCCAAGUUGGACUCGCUGGCUAAGCUCCUGUUCAGCCGGAAUCUCCUCCAGGAUGGAAACGGCUCCAGCUCCAAAGACAAUGAAUCGCCGACAAGGUUUCUAUUCUAUCAAAAAACAAAAAAAUGCCAACUCAACCCACCACCAAAAGUUAACCUGCCCCUUGUAUUCGUAAAACCUCUUCUCUUGCAUUUAUAUACUCUUUUAUAUACAUAUAGACCGUUAUACAUUUGUAGUGUUCCUUCACUCAAAACGUUUACUUUAUUGUUGGUUAAUGUUACAUAUAAGCUGCAUUUGGAUGUAAUUCACUCGUACCUUUGUUUUCCUUUCAAAAAAAAAAUAUUCUCAAGUUUUCUUUCGUCAUUCAUUGUCGUCGUCCUACCAAUUCACCACGAUUAUAAGUUUUUGAUUUGUUUUUCCGAUUCUAAGUUUUGUGAAAAGGAAUCCGGACUCGCAUUAUAA